AGACACUAGACGAAGAACGACCGUGGAAGUGUCCUUGUCGGAAAUAAUUUCGCGGUUACGCCUACCGUGAAUCCGCGGAUUUUGCGUAGUGCUGAAGGUACCUGUGAAAGUGUGAACUGUGUGACUUUCAGCUGAUGAUGUGAAGCUUCGCAAGUGACGGUUACGUACAAAUUUUGAUUCAAUAUAGGAACAUGGAAUCUACCACAUUUUCACGCGUUUAUAAGAACAUUUUGGGGCAUCCGAGUGUUGCUUCCAAUGCCCUAGAGAUAUCACGGACUUUCAAUGCGCUCGUAGGGGACGAAGAACGAAUCAAGUUCAUUGUCCAACUGGAUGCGCUGAAAAAUUUCAAGUAUCCCAUCCUAACCCGAGGAAAGGAUGAGAAGAAAGCGGAAUCUGCGAGGAAGAACGGGAAUAUCUUCUUCUCUAAGCGUGAUCUGGAAAAAUCGUUGGAAGCCUUCAACGAAAGUGUCACAUUCGCGGACUCUAAACACACACGUUCCCUAGCGUAUGCGAAUAGGUCAGCGGUGUUGUUCGAAUGUGGAAGAUUGCAAGAUUCCCUCGAAGAUAUAGAGAGAAGCUUUUCGGAGGGCUACCCCCCGGAGUUGUCUCCAAAACUGUACUAUCGGAAAGCGAACAUAUUAAGCAAAGUAGGUCGAGUGUCCGAAGCUGUAGAAAUCGCCGAAAAGGGUCUGAAGUUUUCAAAGAAUAUAAUUGAGAGUGAUUCAUGGAUUUCAAAGCUUUCGAAACUCUCGGAAAGUUUUGCCGAAUUGGGAGUUGACGGUGAUGGAAAAGUGGGCGAUGUCGCAAAUGCACCGGAAGAUCAUGGCGUUUUUCCCUCGUUGAAUGAAGCGAAUCCUCUGUACCCCUCUGCCUCUAGUGCGAUUAUCGUGGAAUAUGCUGAGGGACGUGGAAGAUAUUUUGUUGCCAAGCGUGACAUAAUUCCAGGUGAAGUGCUUAUGGUGGAAAAGCCAUACGCGUCGUGCUUGCUUCCGUCAGCUUUUAAGUCGAAUUGCCAGAACUGCUUCCGAGGGUGUGAUCUUCCUGUUCCGUGCCUUAAGUGCUCCAUGGUCGUAUUUUGCUCGGAAAAAUGUCGAACAGAAUCAGUCUGGUUCCACGACAUCGAGUGCCUUGCGAUGGAAUCCAUUUAUGACGACGAAUUCGGUGACACUGCAUAUCUUUCUUUCAGAACAAUGUUGACGAAAACAUUUUCUGCUUGGAAAUUGUUCUCAAAAUCUUCGCUUGCUUCUGGCAAGGGUGAAAAUGACAAAUUCAAUAUCUCGGAAGAAAUUUAUGAUCCAGGAGACUAUUCCAAUGUUUAUAAAUUGGUGAAAAAUUCUUCGGAGAGGAAUCCGAGUGACUUGUUCAAGCGCACUUUGAUGGCCUUAAUCUUAGCGGAUAUUCUCUGCCAAACUGCAUACGAAAACGAGGUUCUGGACGACGAUUUGAAGACAUUUCUCGGUGGUUUGAUGCUGAGGCAUUUGCAGAAUUAUCCAUGCAACGCUCAUGCGGUGGACGAAUUGUGCAUCAGGAAUCCGGUGGACAUGCUGGGAGCCCAAGGUGUUCAAAUAGCCGAGGCUGUUUAUCCAACUUUGAGCUUGCUAAAUCACUCAUGUGAUCCCAGCACUGUCCGUGUUCAUUAUGGUGAUAUUGCUGUUGUCUAUGCAAUACAAGCUGUGAAAUCUGGUGAAGCAAUCUAUUGCAAUUAUGGUGCGCAUUACGCUCUCACAAAGAAAGCUGAACGCCAAAUGUCGCUGAAGAAGCAGUAUUUUUUUGAGUGUUCUUGUCCGCCAUGUUUACACGACUGGCCGAUCUACGAUGCUUUGUGGAGAACAGGAGAUCGUUACAAGUGUCCGAAAUGUGGUACAAAGUCGUUGAACAAUAAGAUUCCUUCGUGUCAGAGUUGUAAAGAAGAUCUUUCGACGUUGUGGUCCACAGUGGAGGUAAUGAAAAGUAACUACGCGCGUUUUUACGCGAAGGUCGUGUCGAAUGAAUGCAUUGAUGAAUGUAUGGCAUUUCUGGUUGAUUACUUGCGGUUUUUGCACGACGUCAUCGUUCGUCCGUCUGCGGAAUUUAACGAUUGCCAGGAAACUUUAAAGCAGUGUAUGAUCGUGAAAGGGAAUCGUCGUUUCAUUAAAUGA